AUGGCCACUUCAAAAGGCCUUCCCCGCGAUACGUUCGCAAAGCUCUCCCCUCACCCGUUCCUCCUCGCAAACCUCCAACCGCCCGCGCCUGCCAAUUCAACCCGCAGCAACGGCCGCCGUCCCGAUGAGGCCCGAAUCCCAAAUAUCAACACCUCUUCCCUCACCCACGCCAAUGGCAGUGCCGUUGUUCGUACCGGCGACACAACCGCCAUCUGUGGUGUCCGCGCCGAGACCAUUCUCUCCUCCGACAUUCCCAACUUCCGUCGUCACAAUGCUCUUACCACAACCGAGACGGACGGCGCUGCAGAGCUGAAGGACUACGACUUGCUCGUCCCGAAUAUCGAGCUCGCCACCGGCUGCGCGCCUCAGUUCCUCCCCGGUGUCCCUCCAACCACCCUCGCCCAGACCCUCAGCACACGAGUCUACUCUCUCUUGCACUCCUCCAAGCUUCUCGACGCCGAGGAUCUGAGGAUAUGGUACACCCGCCCCUCCGAGAGCGCUGCCGGAGACGAUGACAAGGACAAGAUGGAGGAGGAUGGCGGAGACAAGGAGGAGGGCGAGAAGGUGGUUAUUGCGUAUUGGGUUCUCUACAUCGACAUCUUCUUCAUCUCCCUCGACGGCAACCCGUUCGACGCUGCCUGGGCCUCCGUCCUCGCUGCCCUGCGCGACACGACCAUUCCGAUCGCUCGCUGGGACCCAGACCGUGAGCUAGUCAUCUGCUCCCGCGACAAUCCCAAGCCCCUUGCCAUCAAUGGCUUCCCCGUUGCUUGCACGGCGGGUGUCUUCACUGGCAAAGAGACGACUGACAAGCCGGCAGACGGCAAAUUCUGGACUCUGGUGGACCCGGACACAUUGGAGGAGGGACUCUGUGACGAGGAGGUUACGGCGGUAGUUGAUCGCAGCGGGGAGGAGACCAAGAUUCUGGCGAUAUCAAAGCACGGCGGCACGGCGCUGCAGCCGCAGCUGAUCCGGGAGUUUGUCGGUGUUGCGGAGCAGAGAUGGGAGGAGGUCAGGAAGGCCAUGCCAUGA